CAUAUAUAGGGAUGCACGAUUUCUCUAUAUAUAAUGGCACAAUACCGUUCGCCAUUAACAGUUACCGUCUGGCCAUUCUCGUUGCGGAAGAUGUACGGCCCAAUGACGCCGCCUGACCAAAAUCCACACCAAACAGUAAGUUUGUUCGAGCGAACUGUUUCCCCAAUGUCUAACGCGACUGACUUCUGUCGUAUUGCCAUCCCUCUCUCAUCGGCGCCCAUCUCUCUCACGCCGUUGGCCAGCGGUGUGGGGCGAGGACGCCGGGAGGGAGAGGGAGAGGUGCGAGCCUGUCGUCGCUCUGAGACGGGGCUCACUCUUAUCUCGCGAACGCUUUUCGGAGAAUUCAGAUCCGCAAAUCUCUCCUUUUUUCUGUGGUGGCACGGGCCGAAAUGGUUGACGGAACAGCCUGAAUUCUGGCCGGCGACCUUUCCGGAGUCCAACGAGGGAAUAGAGGCAGAGAGAAGAGGAGCCACGGUACACGUCGUCAAGGAGAAAUUCGGAGAAAAUUUCCUGUGCCGCUUCUCCUCCCUCUCGCACCUUUUAUCUGUUAUUGCCCAGUGUUUCAGGUUUGCCAGUCUAAGCCGAGGGCAGCCUUGCGAGAAGGGUUUUGUUAAAGCAGCGGAGCGCACCCACGCCUUCCUAGCAGUUCUGAGAUUCUCUCAACACACCAGUUUCCUGGAGGAGAUUGAACAACUGCAACGGCACGGCGAGCUACGCAAAGCUUCACCCCUUUCUCCGUGUCGACCUUUCUUAGACGACCAGGGCUUGCUAAGGCUCGGAGGGCGCUUAGAAAACGCGGCUCUGCCGUACAAUGAGAAACAUCCUUACCUUGUGUCGAAGAGAUGUCCGUUGGCCAGGCUUCUGAUACGGGACGCACAUUACCGCACGCUCCAUGGAGGUCCACAGCUUACUCGCAGCCAUCUCAUGAGAAGAGUCUGGAUCGUCCGAGGCCGCUCACUGGUUCGAUCCGAAAUCGCCGCCUGCGUCACGUGCGCCCGGUUUAGCGGACGUAGAGCUGGACAACUGAUGGGACAACUUCCACAAGAGCGCACUGCAGCACAGAGGGCCUUUUUAACCACCGGCGUGGAUUAUGCGGGCCCGAUUAAGCUACGUACCUCGCCCGGGCGUGGCCACAAAGCCUACAAAGGCUACAUCGCCCUCUUCGUGUGCCUGUCUACCAGGGCAAUACAUUUGGAAGCGGUGUCAGAUCUAACCUCAGCUUCCUUUCUUGCAGCCUUCCGUCGCUUUGUGGGCAGGCGAGGACAUUGCGCCACUCUGUUUAGCGACAAUGGAACGGUAUUCCAGGGAGCAGACAGAGAGCUCCGCGCUAUGUUCCGCCAGUCUACUUUAUUCUACCAGGAGGCAGCCGCAUCCCUGGCAUUAGACGGCACCAGCUGGCAGUUCAUUCCCCCUUAUGCGCCGCAUUUUGGUGGCCUGUGGGAGGCAGGGGUAAAAUCCGUAAAGCACCAUCUACGGAGAGUGAUCGGUGAUUCCACACUUACCUUCGAGGAACUGACGACUCUCCUCUGUCAAAUAGAGGCGUGCCUAAACUCGAGGCCACUGUACGCACUAUCAGAGGACCCUUCGGAGCUGGCCGCCUUGACACCGGGUCACUUCUUGAUAGGGGAACCAACCACCGUCCCCCCAGAGCCAGAAGAACCAUGCACUGCACUUCACACACGCUGGCGGUUAAUCUCACAAAUGCGAGCACAAUUCUGGAAAAGAUGGAGACGCGAAUACUUACAGCAUCUCCAACAGUUUCCGAAGUGGCGUCGUUACCGGGAGAAUUUGGAAAUCGGCAGCCUGGCGCUUAUCCGGGACGACUUACAGCCACCAGCAAAGUGGUUGAUGGGACGCGUCACCGAACUACACCCAGGACCUGAUGGAUGCGUUAGAGUGGUAACUCUACGCACUGAAAAGGGCACUGUUAAGAGGCCAAUCGUCAAGCUGUGCCCCUUACCAGUAUCGCCAACCGACGCCUCUUAGCAUCGAUACCAGCUAAGAUACUUUAACUUUAACUUCCUUUUUCUUUUUCUCUUUGUAAACUACGACCGAAAUUUUCCGCGUAAUUCUUUUGCUUUACUUUGGUUGGUCUAGUUUACUAUUCUAAUUGCUAUUUGUUAUUUUAUAUUUACUCUUUAUUCACUUUGCUUUACUUGAUUGCUUUGUAUUAAAAUUAUUAUUAAUUAGUUUUUACUGUCAUAGUGUUGUCAAGGAGAGCUCCGUAGGUGCAUCCCAAGGUUUCACAAGCACCCAUCAUGAGGAUGAUUAAACCCAUGCCAUUGCCUGCGAGGUGGGUCAACAUGCCCGCCUGCAGGACACUAGAAAUUGGACAGUGUUUAGCUACCAUAUGUUUGAUCCAGGGAGGAGCAUAUCCAUCUCCAACAGGCCACGCGACCAAUUUUGUCAGGUGUUCGAGCACAGCUUUCUUGCUCAUUGCUCGAGACAUCUGCUUCGAGUCCUUGGCGAACGAUCUGCAGAGCAGUAGAGCAAGGCUUUUAUCUGUGGGGUCUCUAAAGUCACAAAUAACCUAGCGAUAUCAUCCCGCCUAGUAGGAUCAGGUAGGUCCUCGACGAUGUAAAUGCUGGGAGUGAACUCAGCGUCCUCAAGUUCCAAUGUGGCCUCAUCGCCAGUCGGGAGGGCAAAGAAGGAAUUCGGCCCAAUUAAAUUGUCUGGGAAAAAGAAAUUUAUUCCUGUCUCCAUCCUGAAGUCAAGAGGCAGGUAACAGAGAAUGGGAAAGAUGAUCUGGUGAGGGGACGAAUGAUUAGGAAGACGUCCAUAAAAGUAAAAGUUAUAAAACCUAAUAAGACAAGAUUUCAUAGAGGCUGUUGUUCUGACUCUUUCCGGAAAAGUCAAUUUGUCGCAGAUGGUAGCAAGAUCGGAAUCUCGCCAUUCUAGAGCAGUGGGAGCACCGGGCCUGAUAGGCACGCUGACUCCCGCUUUUACCCUUUCGAGGUAGUCCAGAUAGGCUAGUCUGUCCGCUUCGCUUGCCAUCACAAGUCGGAUCUGUACGGAUGAGAAGGAAGUAGAAGGAAAAGGAGAAUUCUUCUCCUGCAACUCGAGUUAAAGUUAAAGUAUCUUAGCUGGUAUCGAUGCUAAGAGGCGUCGGUUGGCGAUACUGGUAAGGGGCACAGCUUGACGAUUGGCCUCUUAACAGUGCCCUUUUCAGUGCGUAGAGUUACCACUCUAACGCAUCCAUCAGGUCCUGGGUGUAGUUCGGUGACGCGUCCCAUCAACCACUUUGCUGGUGGCUGUAAGUCGUCCCGGAUAAGCGCCCAGGACCUGAUGGAUGCGUUAGAGUGGUAACUCUACGCACUGAAAAGGGCACUGUUAAGAGGCCAAUCGUCAAGCUGUGCCCCUUACCAGUAUCGCCAACCGACGCCUCUUAGCAUCGAUACCAGCUAAGAUACUUUAACUUUAACUUCCUUUUUCUUUUUCUCUUUGUAAACUACGACCGAAAUUUUCCGCGUAAUUCUUUUGCUUUACUUUGGUUGGUCUAGUUUACUAUUCUAAUUGCUAUUUGUUAUUUUAUAUUUACUCUUUAUUCACUUUGCUUUACUUGAUUGCUUUGUAUUAAAAUUAUUAUUAAUUAGUUUUUACUGUCAUAGUGUUGUCAAGGAGAGCUCCGUAGGUGCAUCCCAAGGUUUCACAAGCACCCAUCAUGAGGAUGAUUAAACCCAUGCCAUUGCCUGCGAGGUGGGUCAACAUGCCCGCCUGCAGGACACUAGAAAUUGGACAGUGUUUAGCUACCAUAUGUUUGAUCCAGGGAGGAGCAUAUCCAUCUCCAACAGGCCACGCGACCAAUUUUGUCAGGUGUUCGAGCACAGCUUUCUUGCUCAUUGCUCGAGACAUCUGCUUCGAGUCCUUGGCGAACGAUCUGCAGAGCAGUAGAGCAAGGCUUUUAUCUGUGGGGUCUCUAAAGUCACAAAUAACCUAGCGAUAUCAUCCCGCCUAGUAGGAUCAGGUAGGUCCUCGACGAUGUAAAUGCUGGGAGUGAACUCAGCGUCCUCAAGUUCCAAUGUGGCCUCAUCGCCAGUCGGGAGGGCAAAGAAGGAAUUCGGCCCAAUUAAAUUGUCUGGGAAAAAGAAAUUUAUUCCUGUCUCCAUCCUGAAGUCAAGAGGCAGGUAACAGAGAAUGGGAAAGAUGAUCUGGUGAGGGGACGAAUGAUUAGGAAGACGUCCAUAAAAGUAAAAGUUAUAAAACCUAAUAAGACAAGAUUUCAUAGAGGCUGUUGUUCUGACUCUUUCCGGAAAAGUCAAUUUGUCGCAGAUGGUAGCAAGAUCGGAAUCUCGCCAUUCUAGAGCAGUGGGAGCACCGGGCCUGAUAGGCACGCUGACUCCCGCUUUUACCCUUUCGAGGUAGUCCAGAUAGGCUAGUCUGUCCGCUUCGCUUGCCAUCACAAGUCGGAUCUGUACGGAUGAGAAGGAAGUAGAAGGAAAAGGAGAAUUCUUCUCCUGCAACUCGAGUUAAAGUUAAAGUAUCUUAGCUGGUAUCGAUGCUAAGAGGCGUCGGUUGGCGAUACUGGUAAGGGGCACAGCUUGACGAUUGGCCUCUUAACAGUGCCCUUUUCAGUGCGUAGAGUUACCACUCUAACGCAUCCAUCAGGUCCUGGGUGUAGUUCGGUGACGCGUCCCAUCAACCACUUUGCUGGUGGCUGUAAGUCGUCCCGGAUAAGCGCCCAGGACCUGAUGGAUGCGUUAGAGUGGUAACUCUACGCACUGAAAAGGGCACUGUUAAGAGGCCAAUCGUCAAGCUGUGCCCCUUACCAGUAUCGCCAACCGACGCCUCUUAGCAUCGAUACCAGCUAAGAUACUUUAACUUUAACUUCCUUUUUCUUUUUCUCUUUGUAAACUACGACCGAAAUUUUCCGCGUAAUUCUUUUGCUUUACUUUGGUUGGUCUAGUUUACUAUUCUAAUUGCUAUUUGUUAUUUUAUAUUUACUCUUUAUUCACUUUGCUUUACUUGAUUGCUUUGUAUUAAAAUUAUUAUUAAUUAGUUUUUACUGUCAUAGUGUUGUCAAGGAGAGCUCCGUAGGUGCAUCCCAAGGUUUCACAAGCACCCAUCAUGAGGAUGAUUAAACCCAUGCCAUUGCCUGCGAGGUGGGUCAACAUGCCCGCCUGCAGGACACUAGAAAUUGGACAGUGUUUAGCUACCAUAUGUUUGAUCCAGGGAGGAGCAUAUCCAUCUCCAACAGGCCACGCGACCAAUUUUGUCAGGUGUUCGAGCACAGCUUUCUUGCUCAUUGCUCGAGACAUCUGCUUCGAGUCCUUGGCGAACGAUCUGCAGAGCAGUAGAGCAAGGCUUUUAUCUGUGGGGUCUCUAAAGUCACAAAUAACCUAGCGAUAUCAUCCCGCCUAGUAGGAUCAGGUAGGUCCUCGACGAUGUAAAUGCUGGGAGUGAACUCAGCGUCCUCAAGUUCCAAUGUGGCCUCAUCGCCAGUCGGGAGGGCAAAGAAGGAAUUCGGCCCAAUUAAAUUGUCUGGGAAAAAGAAAUUUAUUCCUGUCUCCAUCCUGAAGUCAAGAGGCAGGUAACAGAGAAUGGGAAAGAUGAUCUGGUGAGGGGACGAAUGAUUAGGAAGACGUCCAUAAAAGUAAAAGUUAUAAAACCUAAUAAGACAAGAUUUCAUAGAGGCUGUUGUUCUGACUCUUUCCGGAAAAGUCAAUUUGUCGCAGAUGGUAGCAAGAUCGGAAUCUCGCCAUUCUAGAGCAGUGGGAGCACCGGGCCUGAUAGGCACGCUGACUCCCGCUUUUACCCUUUCGAGGUAGUCCAGAUAGGCUAGUCUGUCCGCUUCGCUUGCCAUCACAAGUCGGAUCUGUACGGAUGAGAAGGAAGUAGAAGGAAAAGGAGAAUUCUUCUCCUGCAACUCGAGUUAAAGUUAAAGUAUCUUAGCUGGUAUCGAUGCUAAGAGGCGUCGGUUGGCGAUACUGGUAAGGGGCACAGCUUGACGAUUGGCCUCUUAACAGUGCCCUUUUCAGUGCGUAGAGUUACCACUCUAACGCAUCCAUCAGGUCCUGGGUGUAGUUCGGUGACGCGUCCCAUCAACCACUUUGCUGGUGGCUGUAAGUCGUCCCGGAUAAGCGCCCAGGACCUGAUGGAUGCGUUAGAGUGGUAACUCUACGCACUGAAAAGGGCACUGUUAAGAGGCCAAUCGUCAAGCUGUGCCCCUUACCAGUAUCGCCAACCGACGCCUCUUAGCAUCGAUACCAGCUAAGAUACUUUAACUUUAACUUCCUUUUUCUUUUUCUCUUUGUAAACUACGACCGAAAUUUUCCGCGUAAUUCUUUUGCUUUACUUUGGUUGGUCUAGUUUACUAUUCUAAUUGCUAUUUGUUAUUUUAUAUUUACUCUUUAUUCACUUUGCUUUACUUGAUUGCUUUGUAUUAAAAUUAUUAUUAAUUAGUUUACCUUUGUAACUAGCGUGUAAGCACUUAUGGUUUGUACUAGUAAAACUCUAGAGGUUAUUUGCCUUGAUUCACGUCAACCAUUCUUCGUAUCACCGAAGAAGGCGGGCGGUAUGUUCGAGCGAACUGUUUCCCCAAUGUCUAACGCGACUGACUUCUGUCGUAUUGCCAUCCCUCUCUCAUCGGCGCCCAUCUCUCUCACGCCGUUGGCCAGCGGUGUGGGGCGAGGACGCCGGGAGGGAGAGGGAGAGGUGCGAGCCUGUCGUCGCUCUGAGACGGGGCUCACUCUUAUCUCGCGAACGCUUUUCGGAGAAUUCAGAUCCGCAAAUCUCUCCUUUUUUCUUUUUCUGGCGCUUCGCUCGAACCAAGUGCUUCGGCGAACCCCAAUAACGCGGAUUAAUUUAGUGAAUAGAGGAUUGAAAUAUAAACUUUUUAUUCCUAAGACUAACUGUUAAUUUAUUAAAUAAAACGAGUUUUUGCUAAAACUACGCAACAAGUUGCUGUGAAGUUCAUUGCUUCCGCUUUUCCAAGACUCCUGCGCUUCGGUAAACGCGAUCCGGCACCUCGCUUAUUUUCCUAAAGAUUUCCAAUCGCGGGAAACACGCCGCGACGAAAUUUGCCGGAACAAAGUUUCUCUGGAUGCAAUGGGGAGACUCUUGAUACUGUUGUGGAUUACUCUCUCCCCAAAUGCGGCAAUUUUGCCUGUUCACGAAGCCGUUCAACCAAAAAUAUGCUUCAUCCCUGAAGAUGAUUUUUUCACCAAAAUUUGGAUCGGUUAACAACUGCUGCAGAGCCCAAUCAGCAAACGUACGACGAGCGUGGUGGUCUUGGGGCUUCAGUUCUUGUGUCAAUUGGAUCUUAUAUGGAUGCAUGCCCAAGUCUUUUCGUAAAAUUCGCCAAGUUGAGGUCACAGAAAGGCCAACUGCUUGUGCACGACGAGGAAUCGAGGGGUUUGGUUCUUCAGCCAUACUUUCAGCAACAGAAUUUCAGCAAACAGCUUUGCUCGAAUUUCGCGAUAAUUCGUUGAAUUGAUCGCCCGGUUGAACGAUCAUUUCGGCCAUAAAUAUUUCGUAGCGCUCCAUGGUAAAAUGCUAACUAUGACAACACAAUCGUCGAAGAAUGACAGUGCUGCCACCUGAAACGUCACAGCAACAUACUGUCAAAAAUCCUUUAUGUACAAAAAUUUGGACCGUACAACUCUUCGGUACGAAGAACAAAUUUUUGCAGAACAAGCUCUGCAAAAUUCAAAAACUGAGUCGACGGAGAUUGUGAAGCUAAAAUUCUAAUACCUGUGUGAAGGAACAAGAAAUGAAUAUGUAUAUAGGUUAUCAUUGAGGAGACCAUACGCCACAACCAGACCUGUAUAUAAAAGAAAUUUCCGAAACUCUGUUGCUUUAUAUUUGGAAUAAUACACCAGAGAUCUUGGGUGUCUUCCAAAAUCAGAGGGACAACAUUGUCUGAGUCUAUCCAGUCUUGCAGACAUACGAGCAAGAUGACUACCUGAUAAUUUGGACAAACGUGAAUAUUUUCCGCAUAUCCAUGCAAAUAAUAUUUUUUUCAUGACGCCCAAGCAUACCAAAUGCAUAUAUAUAUUCUUAUCCUUUUCUUCUUCAUUUCUAUUGGGUUCUGACGUAGUAGCUUCGAUCUCUAUUUCUAUUGUUUGUACCUCCCUCUCAAGGACAGGAGGGGGGGGUGGGGGUGGGGGGUGUCAGGUCUUUCCUCCUCUUCCUUCCUCUCAUCCCUUUUUGAUGUAGUCUCCUGAAUAUCCAUUUUCCUUUCCUCGUUCCACUUCCUUAUUUCUUCUCUUCUCUCCUUCUGUUUCGCAAAGAGUUUGGCCUGUUUUUCUGGGAUUAUCAUCUCGAAGUGUGGUCCGUUUCCCCACCAGUCCUGGUUUGGAUCCUCUGGAUAUGCACUAUCUCUCCAUUGUCUCUCCUUUUACAUCUUUUCCUCGAAGUUAUUGAAGAGGUUUCUUUUUUUGAUCAAUGUGAUAAUUUGUUCCCAUAUUUCGUUAUCUGUUUUGUUUUUUAUAUCGUCUAGCAUUUUGUAAUUCUCUCAUCUAAUCCUGCUUGUUAUUCUCUUCGUCCUCUCCUCCUGCUCAUGGUUGUAGCCCUCAUAUAUAUCAAUUUUCGGAGCAUUUUUAGGGAUUUAAUUCUCCCCUCCCUGCUAGCCAUCCUCAUUUGCUCUUCUUUAGUUACUCCACGUCUCGUUCUCUUUCUUUUGGGCACAUAUGCCUCGUAUCCAGCUUCCUUGUUUCUGCCAUAUACGAUUACCCUGUUUGCCUCCUUCCUCGUACCCAUCUGAAUUUCGCCCAAAAUUCUGAUUUUCGGAGGCGCAUUUUUCAUCAACGAUGGCACGAUCUCUGCUAUUUCUGGAUUUAUUUCUGCUCCCGGUUCUGCAGGUCCUCCUCCUUGUCUUUCCCUCAUUAUCGCGGUUCUUUGAGCAGCCUUCAUAUUACUCCACACUAAAAUGAACAUACUCCCCCGGUUCUACAACAUAUGUUGGAACACGAGUUCGUGGAGUACCUACAACAGUCCUAAUAUCCUUGGGUAUAUGGCUAAAGCAGCUACGGGUUCGAAGGAGGGUAAAUAAAUUGUUACCCUGAACAUGAUUAAUAUUGUUAUCAACACAAUAUGAAGCCAAACUUUCCUGAAAUGAAGUUUCAGGAACCGCUUCAGAACUAAACAACACUGAAGAAGAAGAAAAAGAAGAGGAAGAAGAAUUGUCAUCAACAUCUACACUAUGGAUGGCAUCAAAUUUUUGGAAAUUAUUCUUGUGUCAAAAUAACUUUCAAUUUCUUCCAUACUGUUACUUGAAGUAUGGCAUGUUGCCUCGUUUUGCUGGAACCCUCCGUUAAUUGGUCCACGAAUUUUUAAAAAAUGGACCUUACGUACACUUCCGAUAUAACAGUCCCAUCGAAAAAUAUAGGGCCAAUUAUUCUUCUUCGCGAUAUCGCACACCGCACCCCGAUUUUUUGAGAAUGUAGUGGGGUACUAAAUAUUUCAUGCGGAUUUUCUAUCGCCCAUCUCCGAGUAUUUUGAGAAUUCAUGUACCCGCUCAAGUGAAACCAGGCUUCAUCUGUGAACCACGUAAGGUCCAAAAUAUGUGGUUGGUCCUCGAUAAAAUUUUUAAACCACGUACAAAACUGUAUACGCUUUUCAUGGUCCUGUGGUAACAAUUCAUGCACUGCCGAUACGCGAUUGGGAUACAACUGUGUCUUUUUUGCAGAGCGUUGGCACGACGUAUACGGAAGAUUCAAUUCCUGCGAUAGUCAUCUUAAAGAUUUCGACGGGGACUGCAAUAAAUGACUUUUAACAUUUUCAAUGAUUCCCUCACUCAUUCCCACCCCUGUGCUGAUUAUGGACGCUACCAGUAACUUCAAAGUUUAUUAAUUGAAAUACAUAUGAUUUCAAUGGCACUGUUCCACUGGUAUAAGUACAAAAAAGUUUGAGACACUCACUCACUGAUCCAGUCGAAUAAUAAGUAUUUACAAUAAAAACGCGUUACUCAGCAUUGCGACCUUAGAUUGUAAUCGUUUAUUAUACACCUCAUCAUGUGUGGUGUGUGCACCGCCGAGUGCAGUUGCAAUAGACUGUAGAACAGCUCAUCAUAUGAGCUGUGGGUACUCAACGGUGCAGUCGCAAUAGGCUAUAGCAGGCCUGUCCAAGUAGGGGAAUUUACUCCUGGAACACAUGUUUUGGGCCCCCUUCCAACGCUGCUCCUUCAAGUAAGAUGGGACGGUUCCGACUACCAUUUCUCCGAGGAGACAGUACCGCCGCUAGGAAAGACGGAGAGACGGUAGUCGGAACCGUCCCAUCUUACUUGAAGGAGCAGCGUUGGAAGGGGACCCAAAACAUGUGUUCUAGGAGUGGGUUCCCCUACUUGGACAGGCCUGGGCUAUAGAACAGCUCAUCAUAUGAACUGUGUGCACCCGCAGGUGCAUUGCGACCUUAGAUUGCAAUCGUUUAUUAUACACCUCAUCAUAUGAACUGUGUGCACUUGUUGGUAUGUACAUCGUCACAUGUACUUUCUUGUGUACUGCUACAUGUAUUGUUGCUCUGUUUUAUGUAUGCAGGCUCUCUGAUAGGUUGCUGCCGAUUAAAUCUACUGUCUAUAAUUUCUGGCAACAUGGAGUCCUCAUAAAACCUUUUCAGUUUAUGCUCCAUUUCUGCUGCCCAGAGUUUGUCGUCUCUUUGUACUUUUGUAAUUUUUAUUCCUUUCUUUGUCCAUAAACAGAAUAAAGCAGUUUGCCUAUUCGUUAUGUGUAACUGUCCUUGCACUUGAUAAUAGUAAUGAUGAAUUUUAUUCAUUUCAUCACCCCGGAAAAUACGCCGUAUUGCAGGAAGUUGCUCUAUUGCUUCAGCAGGCGAUAAAUCCUUCGCCGAUUCAGGGCAUUUCACUUCGACGAUAGUAUCAUCGUCCACGAGGCCGUCAGGAGUUGCACCUAAAUAAGGCACAAUGGCAUCGAUGAAUGGACCAUACGGUAGAAUAUGGAUUCCCAGUUCCGUUUCCAAUUGUCUCAAGGCAUUUGCCUCGUUUUCUCUUCCAUAUUCAAGGGAACGCAAAUAUUGAAUUUGCGGAUACAUUAUACUCUUUAUGGUAUUUGCUCUUGGUGUAUUCUGUCUCAAUCGGCAUACCUUGCCGAAAUGUGAUGCAGUUAAUAAUUUUUUACCUUAGGCUAUCCAUUUUUCGCUCUUGGCCUGAUCGCGAGUUUCUGCUUCAAUGUUAUGUCGCAUCGUUUGGCCACUGAAGGAGUGUAAGCAUAUGCCUCUCACACUCAGAAGAGAAUACUGCUUCUUCCAUGUCUGGUUUUUCUGCCGUGGGGCCGUAAUCUUUGUCGCACGAUUGCUUUUCGUAUCGAGAUGCUUUGGCUUUUUCCUUAUAUUUCGCUGUCAUUUGCGAUGCAUGCUUACGUCGUUGUUCCAUAUUUUGUACGAUGGCUGUCGGUUCCUUGUUCAUAGCAGUACUCAAUCGGCUGAACGACUCUCUUGAAUUGAAAUGAAGGACAGCAGCAGAGACUCUACCCUGAUACGAGCCCUUGCGUCCAAAGUUUAUUCUUUUGCCACCGAUGAAUUUCGCAAUGAUGUUAUUGAAACUUUUCCACUGCAUUAUUAUUUAAACCAUAUAACAAGCUUUCAGCUUGAGGAAAGAGUGGUUGCAUCGCUUCUUCAAUGCUUUGAUAAAUACCACAUUCUUUCAAUUGUGGAACAUAGUUCACUAUGUUCGGGUCAGAGUAUUUGUUGCAGAAGUAUGCUAAUCUUUGACACUCCUGAUGUUCAUCGAAAACAUGGCUUGCUACAUUUUUCAUAUCUGUUUUUAAAUUUUUUAUUUGAUCAGCGAGUGUUACUUUCUCUUUGAAUCGGUAUUCUGCAGCUUUCUUCACACCAGUGCGCAGGCGAAGGGCAUUCUCUUUUACAAUAGCUCAUAGUUCCUUGAAGCGGCCUUUUGUAGUGAUCUCAUUUAUUUUUCUACUAAUGUUACGUAAUAGGUGAUUGGUGCAUUCAAUUUUUCGUACAUGCACCAUAUACUCUUUGUAUGGAUCAUUGUCCAAUAUCUUCUUGUACACACUGCUAUCUCCAUCGGCAACUAAUAUUGAAUAUAUCAGGCCGUGCAUUUCUAUGCUGCAUUUAAAUCCGUCUACAAUAGCAACACUUUCCAUACCAGUUGAAUUCUGGUUACGACCCCAAUUUUUGAAGCAACGACGCUGCCAUGCCUCUUGCUUCUUUUUGGCAGCGGUUUGGCAAAUUAUGCAAAAUUUAUUUUUUACGUUGAUGUGAAGCACCUUUUUGGUGUGGUAUCCCACGAUGGCUCCUACACCAGACAGAGAGUUGUAAUCACCUCCACGGUAUGAUCUCUUCAUCCAAUUGCCAUCUGCGACAACUGGAAUGCAUGGUAUAUUACAGCCUGGAAGUAUAUCGCCUUCUUACUAUGGCUAGCACUUUUUCUAAUUUCCCUGCGUCUUCUAUUUCUCGUUGCGCAGCCAAUUCGAAGGCAUCGAUUAUUUUAUCUUGGCAUUUUUCGUAGAUUCUCUUGCUCAUGCACGACACGUUCAUGCCAGAAAGUAUUUCUUCUAGUUGAUUGUAUCCGCCGACUGUCAUCAUUGUACCGGAAACAGCGCUUCGGUUAAUGUCCAUUGUGUUAUCACUGUUCUGAAGGCACGAUACACACUCGACGUGAUUACACAUUUGGCACUGAACUUUAUACUUUUUUUCCAGUCCGUUUUGUUGACAUCUAAUUAUUUGGAAGUGUUCGACGCCACAGCCGAUACUCGAAUGUUUUCCAAGCUGUAUUAUUUGCUUGAAAACAUGUUGAAAAUCGACGAAAUCUAUCCCGUUAGAAACUGGUUUUUCUUCUAACUACGGUGGUUCUGCUGUUUCUAUCAAUGCGUAAUCUUCUAAAUCAGAAUCAAUUUCUUCCACGUUUUCUGCAUACGCUUCCACAGUAGAAAAAUCAUUCGCAGCAGGAGAGUGACGCAGCAUUUCGUAAGAGCUGGUACCUGCAUCGUCUACGGUACAGGUGCCCUGACCUACCGCGAGGUACGCUGCCUUCUUCAAACGUCGCCUGCAGGUAGUUUCAUUUAUUAGCUACAUAUACACACGUAAAAAUAACACAUCGCGAAAAUGCCGGUCGCGGGCGGAACGACCGCGGACGAGAAAUUACCGUGCUUGACUCAGAAGAUACAAUUUUGAGCAAUAUUACAGUAAGCGACUCACCGGUGCUGCACCUGUUGCACUUACACAAACACUACUCGUCUUACAAAAACUCGUAGUAUCGCUCUCAAUAUGCUUUCUGAAUCACUUUUUAACAACAUUCGUUUGCAAUUUCCUUAGGUUAUAUGGUUUCCUCAGAAAGAGAACUUCACAACUUAUGUCAUUUAUAUUGCAACUGGUCUGGACCGAUCAAACUCGAUUAACAUACAAGCUAUGCCGAAUCGCGCAAUAAAAUUUAUAUCGCUCGCUAAAUGCAAUGAUCGCUUAAUGGUACUCCGUAACGCAAAGCGACCAGUCCGUCGUAGGGAAUUUUGGGAAGGGGAUGGAUGGGGAUUUGGGACAUCUCCCGGGCCUGAGAUUGAUCUAUUAUUGAUCGGCCGGUAAUCGGGAUCGAUGGGGCUGACGGAUCCUUGACAGUGACGGCUUCGGGCUGUUGUCUUCGGGCUCGGCGACAGAUGGCUCCAGCUGGGCUCUCUUUUGCUGCUGUUGUAUGAGCUGGGUGGACAUUUCAUCCCGGGAUCCGUUGUUGCUCCCUUUCCUGGGAGGGGUUGGGGGUCUGUCGCCAGUCCCGAAGCUCCUCUUGGGGUUGUCCACUUCUGGGGUCCUUUCCGUCGCCUCCAUCGGCCCGAUACCGGCGGGCAGGGAAAAAGGGGUAAGGUGAGGGAAGGGUUUUUCGGUGGGUUACGGAAUUAGAGUGGGAGGUGGGCCAAUGACCUUGUAGUACAACUUCCUAGGUAGAUUUCCUGCGCCGUAGGUGUUGGGUAACAAGAGCGACAACGCAUUGGCAUAUUUCAUAGCUUUAUUACAAGCUGUGCAUAUAUGGGUUUUGUAUGACAAAUUUUUUCGUAGGAUCACCCCCAGAUAUCUAGCCUCUUGAUUUAUCGUUAUAUCCGCGUCACCACCUUUAAAUUUAAUUAUAUUUGGCACUUUCUUUUCAGAGAGCAAAAUUGCUUCUGUUUUGUGGUGCGCCAACGAUAAACCUUCGCCAGCAUACCACACCGCCAUCUUCAUCAAGGUUUCUUCCGCAAUCCUGAUCAAACGGCUCAGUAAUUCACCAAUUACUAUGAUGCCAAUAUCGUCUGCAUUGCCUAUCAAGAAGACAUUUUUUCUAAUAUGCAUUCUUAACAGUCCAUCGUAUACGAUGUUCCAAAGUAGGGGGCCAAUCACUGACCCCUGGGGCACACCCCCGAAAACUUGGAAACGCGAAUAUUCAUCCUCGACCUCGUAUAAGAUCCACCUAUUAUUUAAAUAAUUUUCGAUCAUAUUCACUAAUAAUCUGGGAAAUUUCCGCUCCUUUAGGCAUGUAAUUAUGCUGGACCAUCUAACCGUACUGAAAGCGUUUUUGACGUCCAACAUGAUCAGAAGGCAAUGAUGGCCGUCAUUUCUGGUUCUCGUUCUGUAUAUAGUAAUCUCUCGCAUCGCAUCCAAGGUUGAGCGGCCCUUACGAAACCCAUACUGGUUUUGGGCGAAGUCAUAGUUCGUAUGUGCUUUCAGGAUCUUAUCUUUAAUAUAUUCCAGCAUUUUAGCCACGCAUGAGAUAACAGACAAAGGUCUAUACGCUUUUUCUUGGUUAACCGACGAUGAUUUGCUCUUAGGUAACAACACGAGUCUCCCUGUCUUCCAGGGUUUAGGCUAAUACCCGUGGGUGAAGCAGACAUUGAAGAUAAUGCCAAUUACUCUGGCCACCCGUGACGUCAAACCAUCCGAUCCAGGAGCCUUUUUGGGGGCCAGACGGGUCGCCGCCCUGUGGACCUCUUCUUCUGAAAUAUGAGUUGUUUCCGGUCGAAUGGUGAAGUGCCGAGCAUUCUCUUGGCCACCCUCGGGCCUCCAAAGGUGUGUACUAAAUACUUAUGAUCCGACGCAGAGUAGAUGUCGAGAACUUCGGUGUCUAUUAUCAACUCCACUACUUGCUUACUACAGAACAUGAUGUCAAUUUUGGAACCUCCGCCACGAUCGCAGGUAUUGCCUCCUCUAGAAAUAAUAGGUUGAAGGUCAACCGAGGUGGCCAUUUCAAAUAAUCUUUUUCCUCUAGUACACCAGCCAUUCGAACCCCAUAAAGGGGAUUUAGAAUUAAAAUCACCCGCUACAAUAAUGCCCUGUCCUUUAUUCUUACAGGAUUCUAUCGUCAUUGCGAGUGUCGUCAGAAGUCUCAUAAUCUUGUAGGGAGACAUUCGGUGAAGCGUAAAGACUGAAAAUAUAUCUUUCGCCGUGACCUUUAGAUCGGGACAUGAAUUAACCCCUUUGGUAGUCACAAAAAUGGCGGGAGAACUUUCAACCCUAACCCUAACCCUAACCCUAACCCUAUAAUUACCAGUUCUGUCUUUUAGUUAUGAUGCAGUGUCAUACUUUGGACACUUAUAUUCGCUUUCCUUUGGUAUUAGACCUCAUCAUUGAAGGCGUUUGAAGAGUUGGUUUGAUUCACACUAUUUAUAAAUUGUAAUUAAAUUUAAUUUUUCUGGUACUUUCUGCGAUGUAGACGCCAUCGUUUCGCAUACUCAAAUGUGUUUUAUAUUAUGUUGUUUGGUUAGGUUAGAUUAGUUUCUGACCGGGGCACCGCCCCAUAUACUCGUGAAAAUAUAGAUGGCACCGAUGAAAACUUUGCCUAAAAACUAAUGUUGUACAUGUUUCCGCGGAUUAGUUCUUUGAUUAAAAUUCAUUUUGAAUCUAGUUCUAUUGAUUUUAUUCAUAAAAAUCAAGGGAAGGCUGCUGUGGUUCCGAUAAUUGUAGUUUCUCUCAUCAAAGUCGGAGGUACAGCAGGGUGAUUCCUGCCGCCCUUCUUCCUUCGUCCUCCUCGUCACUCACCUUACUUUUCCACCUUGAUUAUGUUAAUAUUUAUUGUAUGACUUUGAAAAAUGGAAUAAAAACAAAGACAUUGGUAUUUAUUUUAAUUGUUCGUUAGUUUGCUUUAUUUCCCGCCUUAUUUGUAAUCUAUUCUCGCCUUUCUAACAGAAUCGGUUCCGCACAGACCUAAUAUCAUCUUCCCAUCUCUGCAUGCAGAUCACUUACUUUCUGCACCAAUCACAUCACUUGAUACUAAUAUAGUUGGGUUAGCACGCAUAGCACACAUACGUUCAGUUGAUCGGAACAAAGGUGGCGUUCAUGGAAAGCAAAGUAAGUUGACUAAAAAGUUAAACUGCGUUCAAAAUUGAACGGGGGUAUGACAUAUAUUGUUAUAAAGAGGAAGUCGAGGGGAGUAAAGAUCCGAAAAUAUUAUUUUGAGGAAAUGAACGCUUACCGAGAUAUUUGCAAAAAACUGCUCCUACUACUGCAUCGGGAUCUUACCUGUACGUGCACGUCCCUGGCAGCGCAUGCGUGGUGAUGGUGCGGCUGCUAAGGAGGUGGGUCGGUGUGAGCGUGGACGUCACUAGUUCGAAAUUCCAAAUAAGUGUUAUCGGGCAAUGAAGAUUCUUAUUUUAAAAAUUAUAUAAUACAUAUAUUUAUAAAGGAUUAACAUUUUUUUUUAAUAUUAAAUAUUAUAUAUAUUUAAAAACUAAUUUAAAAGUAUUAAAAAAAUUUAAUCUAACCUAAAAUGACUUUUGAAUUCGUAGUCCGUAUAGCGCGGAACCAGCAAUUCUGCAUAGUGUGUAAUACGAGGCCGUAUUACGCAUUUUCUUCUUUCUUCUUUUAUGUCAUACUCUUCGGAACUUAAAUCACAAUUAUUUAAUAAUUGUAAGACAGUAAUGACAGCUGCAGCCUCCACCAUUUUAAUGAUACUAAAGAUGCUUCGGGUGCGUUCCACUUAACGCAACGUUCAUGCUAGUGGAAACGUUCAAACAGUGCACAGCAUCUUGCAAAUUUUCCUUUUUUCGUUUUAUAUUGUAUUUUAGUGUUUUUUAUUUAGUAUUCUAUUGUAUUUUUUAGUAUUUUCUAUUUUAGUGUUUGCAAUUUAUUUAGUUCCUUGUAUUUUGUUUGUUGUUUUUUAAUUUAUAUUUUAUUAUAACAUAUAUAAAAACAAUAGAAAAUUUAAAAUUCAAUUUACUUAGCUUGCCAAAUUCGCAAGAAGGCGAAUUCAUGAUGGAGGCAAUUCGGCGAUAAUAUGUUUUUCAUUAAGGUAAGCGGAAAUUUAAUUCUAGGCUAUACGAGGACCAAUCAGGUUAUAUGGCGUCACAGUAACGUAGCAAAUCCGCUAAAAAUAUCAAACUUUACACUUUAACCACUGAAUUCCUAAAGUUGAGACUUGCAUUUUCAGAUUUUACGCAAAAAAGCUAUAAAUAAAAAAAAAACAGGUCCAAAAUUUUGGGUCCGGUAAAGUACAGUUUACCCGGCAUCAUUUAUUAUGGCUUCCAUUACUGCAUACAUGUGUAUAAAUGAGGCUAUCACUUCUUCAGUUGAAACAGAAAGGCCUCCUCUUUGUAAGUGAUCAAAAUAUGUAUUAUCCUAAAGUUACACCUUUAUCCUUCACAACUAAUAACUGACAGAUAUUACAAUUUAAUUUUUUAACAACUGCAUGGGACCUAUAGCCAGCUAUGUACAGUAUGACUGAAUCAUCUACAACACAAUUGGACAAGUAUUCACUAUCAAAUACUUCUUGAAAACAAGUUACAUCAAUGGAAAGAUCAUGAAAAUCAUCACCUAGCCAAUUUCUUGUCUAUAGGCAGUACCCACUUUAAAUCAUUAAAUGAUAAUUUAUUACCUUCUUGAAUAAUCACUGUAUUGUAACUGUCAAACAAUCAGAAUCAUUAUUACAUACAAACGUGUAAAAAUAAAUUUUUGAAUUUGUUAUUUUAAUAUUCCAACAAUUAUAAAUUAUCAAUUUUUCUUUAUAACUGUUUACUAAAUCUGUAAAACUACUAAUUAAAUCAGUUUGAAUAAAUUGUUGAACUAAAUUUUCAUUAUUGUUAAUUACUCUUUUACUUCAGCGGCUAGUAUUAGAAUCGGUUGUGGCGGGUGGCGUACUUUAUGGACUUUUUUGCCCCUUUUUGCCCAAUGAACGCUUUCAUCCACGCGCGUACAAGGUUGGCAUUCCUGUCAAUUCUUUUUCCGCGCAAAUUUGAACAUAACUUUAUUUCUAGUUUCGCUGUCUUUAGUCUGUUACAUGUUUGCUUACUUUUAAGUUUUGUAUCCCGCCAUUUGUACAAUAGUAUCUUUUCUUUAUUCGCAAAACUGGUUAAUCGAAGCGGGUGUAGUAACCCUUUCUGCUAUACUAAUAUCUAACCUCGAUACAUAACUUUUAUAUAUUUUAUUAACGUACUCUUUUCUUCUUUUCAGCCAUGAUCCCAUCGCAUCCCACCAAGGACCAAGGGGAAGGAGGGUGCACCGCCGUCAGCGACGUAUUCGAGUCGAGUUCGAGCCUGACCAACACUACUUUUUCGCUUACUCGCGUAUUGAAUGUAUUCCAAUGACUUUUAAAUGAAUAAAUUCGUACCAU